AUGGCAGAACGAGGGAUCAGCGAGUUGUACCCUGCUAGAUUUCUCGCGGAAAGCGCCCACCCCGAGAAAACGUCGAAUCCUCCUGACCUUCUCAUCUUAAAUCAGCCAAUAGCCCACUUCACUGCAUUUUUACGUCUUUGGAAACACACUGGCUUUCGCAUAUGUGCCGAUGGCGGCGCCAAUAGACUUUUCGAUAUGCUGAAGGAUGAUUUGAUCCAGCAGCGUGAACAAUACCUACCCGAUAUGAUUCAUGGGGACUUGGACUCGUUACGCGAUGAUGUACGCGAGUACUACGAAGCAAGAGGUGUUCCUGUGUUACGAGACCGUGACCAGUACAGCACCGAUUUUGGAAAAUGCAUGCAGAAAAUUUCGUUGCGUAUUGCUUCCUCAGCCGUGCGAGAUGUCAUUGUUCUUGGUACCUUGGGUGGGAGGGUUGACCAGGGCCUUGGACUCUUGAACGAAAUGUACAGGGAACAGACUAAACAUACCGACCUGCGUUUAUGGCUAUUCUCUGAGUCUAGUCUGAGUUUUGUACUGAGGAGCGGAGAGACUCUGCUAAGAGGGAUCCAAGAAAGUGGCACUUUCACAGAGAACGUGGGGUUUCUUCCUAUAUAUGGGCCAGCGGUUAUCUCUACCGAAGGGCUAGAGUGGGAUGUCAAGGAGUGGGACACGCAAAUGGGUGGCCAGGUCAGUACGAGCAACCACGUUAAAGCGAACGAUGUAAGAGUCGAGACGGACGCGCCGAUACUGUUCACGAUAGAAACGGCACCUUUGUGA